AACGAGCGCUUCAUCAUCACUGGUCAGAGACGACGCAAUUAGGAACGAUACCUAUGCCCAAAAAACGAGCGCUUCAUCAUCACUGGUCAGAGACGACGCAAUUAGGGACGACACCUAUGCCCAAAAAAUGAGCGCUUCAUCAUCACUGGAGUCAGAGACGACGCAAUUAAAGACGCACCUAUCCCAAAAAACGAACCUUCAUCAUCACCAGGGCCAAAAACGAUACCUAUGCUCGCACAAUGUUCUAGAGAAAGAAGACGAUAAAAACAGAAACUACACCCCUGUUAUUAACAGGAGCGAAGCUCGACUGGAGAUUUCAUUAUUACCACAUUACUAA